GGGACACCUCAGCGCCUCCACAAGUUGAUUUCUUCCUGAUGGUCCCGGAGGCUCCUUCUGGUUCUUCCUCCUCGGUCCACCGCAGGUCCUCCUCCCGCUUCCAGCAGAACACCGGCUCUGGGUUCGGAACACCGGCUCUGGGUUCGGAGCUCCGGCUGGACCGGAACCGUGAGUUGGGUUUAGCUCGUUCGGCGGGUGAAGGAGGUUCGGUCCGGACGGAGGCAGCGAGCUCAGCAUGGCCGCGGGGAGCCUGAACAAGACGGGGGAAGAGAAGACCCCGAACCGGACCCAGAGUGAAGGAAGUGGGCGGAGCGCAGCUGAGGGGCUGGGUUUGUGUUGGAGGAGGGACCACGUGCAGCAGGAAGGGAACAAGGAGGCGUCUGUGGCGGACGCCGCCAACCAAAACUACACGGUGGGCCUGGUUGCCGUGGUGAUCAGCUGCCUGUCGUCGGGCUUCGCCGGCGUUUACUUUGAGAAGAUCCUGAAGGGGAGCGCGGCGUCCGUGUGGAUGAGGAACGUGCAGCUGGGGAUCUUCGGCACGGCGCUCGGCCUGCUGGGACUGUGGUGGAACGACGGCGCCGCCGUGGCCGAGCGCGGCUUCCUGUUCGGCUACACCGGCAUGGUGUGGUGCGUCAUCUUCAACCAGGCGUUCGGCGGGCUGCUGGUGGCCGUCGUGGUGAAGUACGCCGACAACAUCCUGAAGGGCUUCGCCACCUCCUUCUCCAUCGUGGUGUCCACCGUCAUGUCGGUCUACCUGUUCGGCUUCCACGUGGACCUGCUCUUCACGGCGGGGACGGGGCUCGUCAUUGGCGCCGUCUAUAUGUACAGCCUCCCUAAGGCGCCCAGCGGCUCCGUUACCUCAAGCUCCACCUCCUCCUCGGCGUCCUCCUCGGCGUCUUUGGAGCCGCAGAACACGGCGGACGGAGGCGGCGAGAUGGAGGCGUUCCUGCCAAAAGCGGCUCCUCCUGCUGCUGUCGCUACAGACUAA